UAAAAGCCUUUACGCUCUUUGUAUAUUCUAACCUACAAUUUUUACUGAAACAGAAUCAGAAAAUCAGAUCAAAGGAUUUACAAUUCCUACAAGAUUUGCUGUCAUAUAAUUUGAAAAUUAUUUUAUAAAAUUUAAAAAAAUGACUGACAACAAAGCAGAUAAAACUAAGGUCGACUUAGGAUUGCUUGAGGAGGAUGAUGAAUUCGAGGAAUUCCCUGCUGAAGAUUGGACUGCAAAAGAUGAAGAUAAUGAAGAUAUUAGUGUAUGGGAAGACAACUGGGAUGAUGAUGACAUUGAAGAUGAUUUCAAUCAUCAAUUGAGGGCACAACUCGAAAAACAAAAAACUCAAACCGAUAACAAUUCCAAGGACUAGAGAUGAUGACAAAAAUUUUGUGCAAAAAAUAAAAAUAUUACAAUUAAUAAAAUAAUUUUUUUUGUCUCAUAUUUUCCUGUAUUUUCUUUUCUCGAUAUUGUUAAUUAAAUUAAUAUCUAAUAUAUUGUAAUGAACAGUAUGAGACCUGUGUAAAAACAAAAAAAUAUAAAUAACAUUUCUUUUGUAUAAAA